CGCAUCUUGCUCUUGACCACCAUCGACCCUGCAAUGUCUGUCGUUAAUGUUAUAGGUGGUACUGGGGGAGGUGGAGGCUCUGGUGGGGGGCAUGGAGGCGAUGGCCAUGGCCCUCAAAUCCAUGUGACUGGAGAUUAUACCCACAUACAUGGAGCCAGUACUGAGUUCCAAGAAGACAUGACCCUGAUUCAAUGGAUCUCACCAAUCAACUUCUUCCUCCGUCAUCAGGCCAUCUCUGAGAUCCGGAAGAAGAAUACUGGUGACUGGCUUCUGGAGCAUCCAGAAUUCAUGAAGUGGAAAUCAACAACAGGGAGCAUACUUUGGUGUACAGGGGAUUCCUGGCAUGGGUAA